AUGAACGUGGACGUGGACGUUAACGUGGACGUGGACGUGGACGUGGACGUGGACGUGGACGUGGACGUGGUCGUGGACGUGGACGUGGACGUGGACGUGGACGUGGACGUGGACGUGGACGUGGACGUGGACAUGGUCGUGGACGUGGUCGUGGACGUGGACGUGGACUUGGACGUGGACAUGGACGUGGACGUGGACUUGGACAUGGUCGUGGACGUGGUCGUGGACGUGGACAUGGUCGUGGACUUGGACGUGGACGUGGACGUGGACGUGGACUUGGACGUGGUCGUGGGCGUGGACGUGGACGUGGACGUAGACGUGGACGUGGACUUGGACGUGGACGUGGACAUGGACGUGGACGUGGACAUGGUCGUGGUCGUGGACGUGGACGUGGACGUGGACGUGGACGUGGUCAUGGUCGUGGACGUGGACGGGGUCGUGGACGUGGACGUGGACGUGGACGUGGACGCGGACGUGGAUGCGGACGUGGACGUGGACGUGGGCGUGGACGUGGACGUAAACGUGGACCUGGACGUGGACGUGGACGUGGACGUGGACGUGGACGUGGACGUGGACGUGGGCGUGGACGUGGACGUGGACGUGGACAUGGACGUGGACGUGGACGUGGACGUGGACGUGGACGUGGGCGUGGACGUGGACGUGGACGUGGACAUGGACGUGGUCGUGGACGUGGUCGUGGACGUGGACGUGGACUUGGACGUGGACAUGGUCGUGGACGUGGAUGUGGAGGUGGACAUGGUCGUGGACGUGGACGUGGAGGACUUGGACGUGGAGAUGGACGUGGACGUGGACGUGGACGUGGACGUGGACAUGGACUUGGACGUGGACGUGGACGUGGACCUGGACGUGGACGUGGACGUGGACGUGGACGUGGACGUGGACGUGGACGUGGACGUGGACGUGGACGUGGACCUGGACGUGGACGUGGACGUGGACGUGGACGUGGUCGUGGACGUGGACGUGGACGUGGACGUGGACUUGGACGUGGACGUGGACGUGGACGUGGACGUGGACGUGGACAUGGACGUGGACGUGGACGUGGACGUGGAGGUGGACAUGGUCGUGGAGGUGGAGGUGGACGUGGACGUGGACAUGGUCGUGGACGUGGACGUGGACGUAGACGUGGACGUGGACGUGGACGUGGACGUGGACGUGGACGUGGACGUGGAGGUGGACGUGGAGGUGGACGUGGUCGUGGACGUGGACGUGGUCGUGGACGUGGACGUGGACGUGGUCGUGGACGUGGACGUGGACGUGGACGUGGACGUGGACGUGGACGUGGACGUGGACGUACACGUGGACGUGGACGUGGACGUACACGUGGACGUGGACCUGGACGUGGACGUACACGUGGACGUAGACGUGGACGUGGACGUGGACGUGGACGUGGACGUGGACGUGGACGUGGACGUGGAGGACGUGGACGUGGACGUGGACGUGGAGGACGUGGACGUGGGACGUGGACAUGGACGUGGACGUGGACGUGGACAUGGACGUGGACGUGGACGCGUGGACGUGGUCGUGGACGCGGACAUGGACGUGGACGUGGACGUGGUCGUGGUCGUGGACGUGGACGUGGACGUGGACGUGGUCGUGGACGUGGACGUGGACGUGGACGUGGACAUGGACGUGGACGUGGACGUGGACGUACACGUGGACGUGGACGUGGACGUGGACGUGGACGUGGACGUGGACGUGGAGAUGGACGUGGACAUGGACGUGGACGUGGACGUGGACGUGGUCGUGGACGUGGACGUGGACAUGGACGUGGACGUGGACGUGGACGUGGAUGUGGACGUGGACGUGGACGUGGAUGUGGAGGACGUGGACGUGGACGUGGAGGACGUGGACGUGGACGUGGACGUGGAGGACGUGGACGUGGACAUGGACGUGGACGUGGACGUGGACGUGGACAUGGACAUGGACGUGGACGUGGACAUGGACGUGGACGUGGACAUGGACGUGGACGUGGACCUGGUCGUGGACGUGGACGUGGAUGUGGAGGUGGACGUGGACGUGGACGUGGACGUGGACAUGGACGUGGACGUGGACGUGGACGUACACGUGGACGUGGACGUACACGUGGACGUGGACGUGGACGUGGACGUGGACCUGGACGUGGACGUGGACGUGGACGUGGACGUGGAGAUGGACGUGGACGUGGACAUGGACGUGGACGUGGACAUGGACGUGGACGUGGACCUGGUCGUGGACGUGGACGUGGACGUGGACGUGGACGUGGACGUGGACGUGGACUUGGACGUGGACGUGGACGUGGACGUGGACGUGGACGUGGACGUGGAGGUGGACAUGGUCGUGGAGGUGGACGUGGACGUGGACGUGGACCUGGUCGUGGACGUGGACGUGGACGUGGACGUGGACGUGGACGUGGACGUAGACGUGGACGUGGACGUGGACGUACACGUGGACGUGGACGUGGACGUGGACGUGGACAUGGACGUGGACGUGGACGUGGACGUGGAGAUGGACGUGGACAUGGACGUGGACGUAAACGUGGACGUGGACGUGGACGUGGACGUGGACGUGGACGUGGACGUGGACGUGGACGUGGACAUGGACGUGAACGUGGACGUGGUCGUGGUCAUGGAGGUGGACGUGGACGUGAACGUGGACGUGGUCGUGGACGUGGACGUGGACGUGGACGUGGACGUGGACGUGGAGGUGGACGUGGACGUGGACGUGGACGUGGUCGUGGACGUGGACGUGGACGUGGUCGUGGACGUGGACGUGGACGUGGACUUGGACGUGGACGUGGACGUGGACGUGGACGUGGACGUGGACGUACACGUGGACGUGGACAUGGACGUAGACGUGGACGUGGACAUGGACGUGGACGUGGACGUGGACGUGGACGUGGACGUGGACCUGGACGUGGACGUGGACGUGGAGGACGUGGACGUGGACGUGGACGUGGAGGACGUGGACGUGGACAUGGACAUGGACGUUGACAUGGACGUGGACGUGGACGUGGACGUGGACGUGGACGUGGUCGUGGACGUGGACGUGGACAUGGACGUGGACGUGGACGUGGACGUGGACGUGGACGUGGAGGUGGACGUGGACGUGGACAUAGACGUGGUCGUGGACGUGGACGUGGACGUGGUCGUGGACGUGGACGUGGACGUGGACGUGGACAUGGACGUGGACGUCGACGUGGUCGUGGUCGUGGACGUGGACGUGGACCUGGUCGUGGACGUGGACGUGGACGUGGACGUGGACGUGGACGUGGAGAUGGACGUUGACGUGGACGUGGACGUGGACGUGGACGUGGACGUGGACGUGAACGUGGACGUGGACGUGGACGUGAACGUGGACCUGGACGUGGACGUGGACGUGGACGUGGACGUGGACGUGGACUUGGACGUGGUCGUGGACGUGGACGUGGACUUGGACGUGGUCGUGGACGUGGUCGUGGACGUGGACAUGGUCGUGGACGUGGAUGUGGACGUGCACGUGGACGUGGACUUGGACGUGGACGUGGACGUGGACGUGGACGUGGACGUGGACUUGGACGUGGACGUGGACGUGGACGUGGACAUGGAUGUGGACGUGGACUUGGACGUGGACGUGGACGUGGACGUGGACAUGGUCGUGGUCAUGGAUGUGAACGUGGACGUGGACGUGGACGUGGACAUGGUCAUGGACGUGGACAUGGACGUGGACGUGGACGUGGACGUGGACAUGGUCGUGGACGUGGACGUGGACGUGGACGUGGACAUGGUCGUGGACGUGGACCUGGUCGUGGACGUGGACGUGGACGUGGACAUGGACGUGGACAGGGACGUGGACGUGGACGUGGACGCGGACAUGGACGUGGACGUGGACGUGGACGUGGACGUGGACGUGGGCGUGGACAUGGACGUGGACGUGGACAUGGACGUGGACGUGGACCUGGACGUGAACGUGGACGUGGACGUGGACGUGGACAUGGUCGUGGACGUGGACGUGGAGGUGGACAUGGUCGUGGACGUGGACGUGGAGGACUUGGACGUGGAGAUGGACGUGGACUUGGACGUGGACUUGGACGUGGACUUGGACGUGGACGUGGACGUGGACCUGGUCGUGGACGUGGACGUGGACCUGGUCGUGGACGUGGACGUGGACGUGGACGUGGACGUGGACCUGGUCGUGGACGUGGACGUGGACGUGGACGUGGACGUGGACGUGGAGAUGGACGUGGACGUGGACGUGGACGUGGACGUGGACGUGAACGUGGACGUGGACGUGGACGUGAACGUGGACGUGGACGUGGACGUGGACGUGGACGUGGACGUGGACGUGGAGUUGGACGUGGUCGUGGACGUGGACGUGGACUUGGACGUGGUUGUGGACGUGGUCGUGGACGUGGACAUGGUCGUGGACGUGGACGUGGACGUGGACGUGGACGUGGACUUGGACGUGGACGUGGAGGUGGACGUAGACGUGGACGUGGACUUGGACGUGGACGUGGACGUGGACGUGGACGUGGACAUGGACGUGGACGUGGACUUGGACGUGGACGUGGACGUGGACGUGGACAUGGUCGUGGUCGUGGACGUGGACAUGGACGUGGACGUGGACGUGGACAUGGUCAUGGACGUGGACGUGGACGUGGACGUGGACGUGGACAUGGACGUGGACGUGGACAUGGUCGUGGACGUGGACCUGGUCGUGGACGUGGACGUGGACAUAGACCAGGCAAGCUCCUGGACCAGGCACGCUCCUGGACCAGGCAAGCUGUUAGACCAGGCAAGCUCCUGGACCAGGCAAGCUCCUGGACCAGGCACGCUCCUGGACCAGGCAAGCUCCUGGACCAGGCAAGCUCCUGGACCAGGCAAGCUCGUGGACCAGGCAUGCUCCUGGAUUAGGCAAGAUCCUAGACCAGGCAAGCUCCUGGACCAGGCAAGCUCCUGGAUCAGGCAAGCUCCUAGACCAGGCACGCUCCUGGACCAGGCAAGCUGUUAG